UGGUGUUCCGGCGCCGUCGGGCCCGGGUGGCGACUCGAAGGUCCCCAGCCGCUCACAUUUUCUGACCGCCUUUCCCCUCUCCUCAGCCUGGGCAGUGCCGUCCCCACCGACCUCGCUCCCACGCUCGCCUGCCUCUCCCGCACACGGUGUUACCGCCCCGUCGAGCCCAGUCCUUCCCCUUCUUCGUUUCUGCACCCCCUUCUCAGCGUGCCCCCCGGUCCCUCUCUGAGGGCCUUUUGAGAAAUCUCUGGAGUAGUGGACCAGAAGCCGGGAGUUUUUAAAAGCCGAGCGCGAGAGACAGGAAGGCACGAUGGCCUCCUCGUCCGGCAACGACGAUGAUCUCACAAUCCCCAGAGCUGCUAUCAAUAAGAUGAUCAAAGAGACUCUCCCCAACGUCCGGGUGGCCAACGACGCCCGCGAGCUGGUGGUGAACUGCUGCACUGAAUUCAUUCACCUCAUUUCUUCCGAAGCCAAUGAGAUUUGCAACAAAUCGGAAAAGAAGACCAUUUCCCCAGAGCAUGUCAUACAAGCACUAGAAAGUUUGGGCUUUGGCUCUUAUAUCAGUGAAGUAAAAGAAGUCUUACAAGAAUGCAAGACAGUAGCAUUAAAAAGAAGAAAGGCCAGUUCUCGUUUGGAAAACCUUGGUUUUCCUGAAGAAGAGUUAUUGAGACAACAACAGGAAUUAUUUGCAAAAGCAAGACAGCAGCAAGCAGAAUUGGCCCAACAGGAAUGGCUUCAAAUGCAACAAGCUGCACAACAAGCCCAACUGGCUGCCGCCUCAGCUAGUGCUUCGAAUCAGGCAGGAUCUUCUCAGGAUGAAGAAGAUGAUGAUGAUAUCUGAAAUUCACCAGCUGAGUUUCUCUUUCCUCUAUAAAUGUUUUUCUCUACCCAACAAAACAGUGAAAGAAAUGCUUAUCUGUAAUUUUGUAUGCAUCUUGGUGGACUUGCCAUUGGUAUUCUAGGGAUGUCUGUUGUUAAGUUCCAGCUGUUGUGUGCUAUACAUGUAAAACUGUCCCUUUGAACUAUUGAAAAUUUAAGGUUCAGUAUGAUAUCAAUUUUGACUUUUUAAUGGUGUUUAUGAAAUUUUAGAUAGCAGUGAGUCCUUUAUUUGAUCAAUAAACAGUGUUACAGAAAACUUCAAGUUUAUAAAAUACAGUGAAAUUUAUACAGAAGUUCUGAAGCUACAUUUGCAUUUCCUCUGUUCUUUUAACUAAACUAAGAUUUGGAAUUUUAAAUUAUUGGGGGGGUAGUGAUAUAGUAGACAUUGGAUCAGGUUGGUGGGAAAAAAAUGAGUUCAAUUCUAAAAUAUCUGAGUUUUUGUCUUUUAAAAUGAGUAUAUACUAGGCAAUAAUUACAUAUGCUCAGAUAAAUACACUUGUUUAGGGAAACCUCAAAACAAGACAUUAAAAAACUAGGAAAGGAGUAUUCAAUAGUAGUUGUAUAAAUUUGACAGGUUAUUUUUUUUAUUUUGUUUUUGUUUUGUGUAGUUAUAAAAAUGAAAAUUUUAUUAUGGCAUAAUUCAUCUUGAGCUAUGCUAUUACAUUUCAGAGACUCCCUAAUUUUGGGAACUGUCAUGAUUCUUACUAUUUUUCUCCAAUUCAGUAAUUAAUUGUAUUAUAGUAUUACUUGCUUAGUCCAUUCAUGUUUAUAUUAUUCAAAUAUAUAGGUGGGACUUGUAAAACAAUUGCUUGGAUUCCGUUGGUUUAGCUGAGGUUCGUGAAUAUUCAGACCUUGGCUAGGGAAGAAAAGUGAAAGUUAAUGAGCAUGCUUGUUAUGAAAGAGGGAUUUUUUUUUAACUUGUAGAUAUAGUUCACUUAUGUUUGUUUUUAGCAUUACUUGUACAUUUUCUUGACUAGAUGGCCUAGAGAGUCCAACGCUACCUGUGGAAAUGACAUCGUUGUCUCCUUUGUCAUAAUUGAGUGAUAGCUUUAAAAAAAAAAAGAUUUUAUUUAAGAAACGUGUCAUAAUUAAUCAGUCCUAUAUGAAACAUAAAUAAUUCCAACCUGCUUAUUAAAAGAAGCUUUAAUUUGGUUCUAGUAAAUAAAGGAUAGUAGUGAUUAUUGCAGGAAUCCUGUGUGUUAAAGAAAUGACAUAUUGUUCGUAUUGUGAAAAUAGAAAAGCCAUGUCAGAUAACACAAAGUAAUUCCUUUGUCAAUUGCCAAAUCAUUUAGAUUUUAUAUUCAUUAAGCCCCAGAAUGACAGUUGUGGCUGCCAGGAUUUCAAUUUUUUGAUUGGCAAGCCUAAGUAAGUAAAAGUUUAAAAGUAUUAGAUUUCUUAAAGAUUAUAUUUUAUUUAGAAAAAGGGAAACAGUAAUUAAGUACACUUUCCCCCAUGUAAUGAAAAGGUUAAUUUUGUUGAAUGUUAGUUGAAGUUACUUCAUGGAUGUCA